AUGGUGACACUGCAAAAAAAGCGCAUCUCCCGUGCUCCAUUGCUCCGAGAAGGGCAAUUUGGCCAUCUGAUAGGAUCUAGAACGAAGUACCUCGAAGUACUUAACAAUGAACUUGGUCCCCCUGACCUAUUCCAUUGGGCCAAAUAUGUCGGUGUACGAUCGGCAGAGUACACUUCAAAAAGCAUGGGUGAAAGUCUUAAAAACUCGAAUGGUAAAGAAGAUGACGGAUAUAUUGGAUAUUAUCAUUUUGUCAAUGGUUUGGACAACGAUGAGUACUACUUUUCGGAAGAAAUUCUCACAUCAGACCGUUUUUCCGUUACAAAAAAGGAAAUGGUUUUGACUUAUUGUACCUACAAUGUGUUCUCUAAGCUGGACUUCAGAGUCAGAAUAGUAGUUCAGAUGUAUGGGUCCCUGAAAAAACUACCAUUACACAUCGAUACUACUUACCAUGUGAUUCCGCGGCACGGACAUAAGAACACGAGCUAUACAUCGCAGAAUAUUUCCGACUUGAGCAGUCUGUUCUGGGAGGAAGUCAAGGUUUCAAACAUCAUAAGAUCCGUCGUCCAGUUGGAUAAUCCUGCGCUACAACUCACAGGGCUCGUCAGCUACGGGGACUUCACUCAGAACAGUGCUUCUCUUGAAGUUUCCGUAAAGUUGCUAGUAAAAUUCUUAAACAGAGGUACUCUGUGUGGCUCGAAUCCGGGAUACGGAACAGCAACUGCUUGUGGACACAACAAUGAGAGCCCCAAAAAGACCAACCAUUAUAGAAACAACUUAGUAGACAGUUUGUUGAGAUUAUGUAAGCUUGAUAUCAGCGGAUCAGUAUGCGAUCUUGCUGUAAGGGAAAUAAAUUCCAAGUUCAAACCUGGAGAAUGGGACUACCUUAUCCUCCGGAUAUACAAGAUCCAAAGAGGAUCCAACAAGGAACACGACUAUCUUGAACUUUCACAUCAGCAUCUCAGUACGUUUGACGUUCAUACGACGCAGCUGGCGCUCAUCUUGGUGGAGCAAGUGUACUUCCUAAUCUCCAAAGAGCGCUACGACAUGGCACUUGUAUUGGCACAAAAGUCAGUACAAAUACUUCCACUUGAUUUUGAGUGUUGGUAUAGUUUAGUUUUGACAUACAUAUUGGUAGGUGACUUUGAAAGAGCGCUUCUAGUUUUCAACUCUUUACCUGUGACAUUGAAUCCUCGAACCCGUGAAAGCAAUAUUGAAUCUGUUUCUGGUGCCCGAGAGACAUAUACUUCAAUGUUCACACAGAGAAUACGAAACAACGAGGAGCCAAUCAGCGAAAAGAAUUUCAACUUAACAUUUCCUGCUCCAUCAAUAAAAUCAGAGUCAGGUCAUGUACCAGUCGCUUCCAUCAAUAAGAUAUGGCAUGACUUGUUCAUAUUCAAUCCGCAUUUGAGACACUCCAUCAACGGCAACCACUUCAGCCAGUCUCCCAUUGUAAAUGGUUCAGCCAGAGACAUUUCAUCAGUAGACCAAUCGAUACUUAAGAUUUGCGGCCUUUAUUCAAGCAGAAAUAUGCUUUCCAUGCAAUCUUCAGGAACUCCUACGUCGUCAUUGUUGGAUUUCACUAGGAAAUCCACUUGGGGACGAAGCUACGAUCUUCUAUCGUUGUUUAUAGCGUUAGUAGGGUGGGACCAAAUUGUCACUAUGAAAGAUAAGUUGUUUUCAGGUCCCAAGAACACGGCUCUAUCCAGCCUGCAGUUGCCCUUUGUAGUUGAUCACGGUUCCAAAGUACAUAGCCUUGUAAAUUGUGAGCCAUGGCUAGAUCAGUUGUUCUUGGUUAUCUACGACGAUUUGAAAACCAUCAUGACGUUGACGUCUGCUGGUACUCCGCACCAUAGUGCCAUUGAAUGGGAGAUGCUAGGCUUGCUUGGUUGGUCGGUCAAGUACAACUUGAAGGAAUCAAUCUGUUCACUUAUGACCAGUGUAAUUGGUGUAGCUAGAGAUGGAGGAUUUGACUACUUUGGAACUGUGCAAUUGCUUGAAAUCUACGACGAAUUGAUCCUAAGUGAUGCAGUCGACACCAAUAUCGAUCUUAAUCAUGAUGAUUAUGAUAUUCGGUUCUACAGCAACAAGUUAAUUUUGAAAGCGUCCAGUAAAGAACGCUAUCAGAAAUUUAUCAAAACUCUUGAAGAAGAGUUCUUGACGCUAGACUUCAUCUUAAUCAACUUGAUGAAGUUGAUUAGUUGGAAUGCCAGAUGGUACCAAAUGACGCCUAAUCAUUUGGUGGUUAAGAUCCUUUCCAAUCUUUUGGUGAAAUACGACCUGGUAUCUAUCCUCACAUCUGUCAAGGUGUUAUUUGAACAAAACAAGAAACAUAAGCAUGUAAACAGUAAGAAAAGCUCAGGCAUUUUUUCAUUUGGUUCGUUAUUGGGAAGUAGCGAAAGCAACAUCGAGGAGUACGAAUUUGAAGCGAACGAUACCAUCUACACCUACAUCGAGGAACUCAUCGGCUGGCUCGAAGAUUUGAGCAGCCACCCUGCAUUAUAG